AAUCACUCUCGCAGCACAAAUCUUCCACAUCAUUCUUUUAGACUAUCUGACAAACAAAUUCACGUUUUUUUACACCUGGACAGAUUUGAGAGAAAAUUGUUCGUAAAAAUGCCUCGCUAUCGUCAUUCCAAACCUAGAAGCUAUCGUCGCUCCAAACCAAGAAAACUAAGGCGGAGAAUAAAAAGGAAGAGAGUUGGGAAACGUAAAGUACAACAGAAUUCCAAACGUAAAGGUAUUCUCAAACGGCAUGGAAUUUUGAAAGGAAUGAAGAAAAAAUCUGGUAAAGAUGUGAAAUGGGAUGGAAGUGUAGACACUGAGCAACAACGACGAAGAAAUGAGUAUUGGAAUCCUGACAUGCAAUCAAGCUUUCCACAUUGAUCAGCAACUUGUUCCUUUGUGUUGUGUCGUCUCGGAUGGUUGGUAGUCAUCUUGAAGAUCUGGUCUUGCGAUGUGGCAUCCCUAACCAUGGUGUACUUAAACAGUUUUUAAAUUGUUGAGCCAAAAAUAUCAAGUGAUCUUCCUUGCAUCUUCUUUCAUGCAACCAAAUAAUACCAGAAGAAUGUCUGCAACAAUUUUUUAUUGCUAGAUUGUGUAAAAUUGUCAAAUUAUAACAAUGUAAUUGCAUCAAGUAGUACUGUAUUUUGUAUAGAAAUUAUUGAAGUUUCAGUAAUCACUUAACAAUACCAUGAUGAUACCAAUACCAUUGUGAUUUUGUAGCCUUAAGUCUUUGACAGGUAGGUGUUCAAAUAUCAGUGAAUAAUGUUCAAUAAAUUUUGCUGCUUAUUAUUUAUUGUCUAUCAAAUAUCCCCAAAAUAAUCAUAAUUAAUAUUCUAAUAAAUAACUUUAUAUUUCUUGCUGUUCAUCUAAUGUCAUUAUGCAGUUAAUUUAGAGACAAAGGCAUGAUUAUGUGUAGUUCUGUAUAAAAGAAGAAUGAUGUAAUUUUUGUUCUGAAAUUUUACUGGAUUGUAAAAUGUUUGAAGAAAUCCUCGACUACCUUACAUAAUUUAAUUUAUUAAUAGGCAAUUGACUCAAAUAAAUGACCUACUUUUAUAUAAAAUGGGUAUUAUUAGAUGCAUAAUAUCAACAGCUUCAAAUUCAAAAGA